AAAUCUGUUAUUUCAAACUGAAGAAAAAUCCCUUCACCCACGAAAAAACCUCUUCGGCUCUUCACCUUUUUGCAGCCAUUUCGAGUUUUGCUCGCAGCUGUCGCCGUCGCCUUCACUCUGCUGGAAAUUCAAGAACAGCAAGUGAAUAAAAGUAAGUUCAAUUUUGACGUGCCCCAAAAUUCAGAAUGGCCAAGCGUGAACUAUCCGGUACCUUGAGGAACUUGAAGUUUAUGCAAAGGGCAUCUCUAAGAGAGGAAAAGCCUAAGAAAGAAGAAGAUAAAGAAGUGGUAACUGAUGGAAACUUCCCCUCCUCUAGUGCUCCCAAAAGAUGUGUUAUCAUAAUGGAAGGGGAUCCCCACCCUGGGGCUGUAAAGGGUCGAAUGUCUUUUCAAGGUUUUAAUCCUUCUAUUGAUAAAUUGAGUGAAGAAGGUUCUGCUGCUUGUUCUCCGGAGAUGAGUGACAGGAUUUCUAAAAGAGAAAAUGGAACAUCAAAAUGUGGGUUUGAAAACACUGACCUGAACGACUCGUAUGAUGAGGCUAACAAAGAUCUUACAAGGAAGCAACGGGAUACAUACUCUGAGGCGCAGUAUUCAAACAAAUCACAUAAGAGAGCUCUGGACAAUCCAACGUCAUCACAGAGUAGUAGCCGGAGUUUCAAAAAGCCACAUAGACCUGACUGGAGUGUACUCAAACCUCCAAAGUCGCAAAAUAAAAUGCGGUAAGUAUAACUUAAAGGUGAUUAUGUGUACUGAUUUGGAAAAUUUCUGUAUUAUCAAUUUUUGCUGAGCAAUGGUAACAUUAGUCUUGUGGAUCUAUGUUGAUCCUAAAUUAUAUUCUCAUUUGGAGUUAUGUUGUAUAAUUAUAUUAGCCAUUUUUUA